UAACAAUAGUUUUGGCGCGCUCUAAUCAACAAACAAGUGUGAUACAUCAAUAAACAAACUUCAAAUGUUAUUUAUCUUAUUUAUUAAUAGUGUAACAAUUUAACUUAAUUUUUGAUUGUUAACAAUACCAGUUCAACUGUAGUUUUAACCUUUCAUAUCAUCAAAUUUAUAUCAAACACAAUCAAAUGACCUUAAUGUUGUUGAGUAAUGUAUUGUUAAAACGUCAACUCAAUUAUUUCUAGACUAAUAAUAAAUUAAAAACAAAAUAAUAUCAAAAUGGAUGAGGCAUCUGAUGAUGCUGGCUGGGUACGGCCAGAUGAUGUUAUGAAAAUGCACAAAAUAAAAAUGCGACAAAAACAAUUACAAGCUAGAAUAAAUAAGCAAUCAAUUGAUGGAAAUAAAUCAGAACUAAACACAUCAGGACAAUCACCAUCAGCAAUAACAACAGCAUCAUCUCAAAAACGUAAAAAUCCAUUUAUCAAAGAUGGAACAAAUAAAAAAGUCAAAGAAAAUAAUGAAAAAUUAAUCCCAGAACUUGAAGCAAGUAGUGAUUCUGUUUUGUUUGAAUUAAUGAAAGGUAAAACAUUAAAAAAAGAUACAGAAAAUGAUGGAUCAACAUUUAACAGUUUAUUAGACAAUUCAAGUAUUGUUGAUGAUACUGUUAAUGUUAAUAUUGUCAAGAGUAUUCCAUAUGUACCACUUGAUUGGACAUUAAAUACUAAAAUGAGAUUUAUGUCAAUAAAGCCAUUUUGUUGGAAUUGUAAAUUAAAAAUAAGUGAACAGGCAUCUGGUACAACUGGAUUUGUUAGAUGUUUAAAUAUUGGUGAACAAGAAACAACACUUGAUACAAGUCCAAAUGCCAGAUUUCAUCAGUGUUGUCUUAUUUGGCAACAUCCAUCAAUACCUUGGCUUGAAUUAUUUCCACGUACAGCUGGUAAAAUAAGUGCAGAUCUUGCAAGUAAUUCAGCAAUAUCAAAUAAUCAAUUUAUCAAAGAAUCAUUAUUUACUGAAUGGAGUGAUAGUUUUCGUUCAUUAUUUCAUUUAUUAAGAGCAAGACAAUGUCCAUAUUUUUAUGUAUGUGCUAAUACAUUUACAGCACUUUUUCGUGCUGCUGGUAUUUGUGGUGUAUCUGAGAUGCAUGUAUUGUUAACACCAACAACAACAGGAUUUCGUAAACUACUAAAAGAAGCAGAUAUUGAAUAUACAAUGCCCCUAAAACCAGUUAACAAACGACGAUCAGACAUGAAUGAUUCAAGUGAAACAUUGGAUUCAACAUCAUCAAAUAUAGCACCAACAUCAGAUGAUGUUAAAAAAGAAUAUUUAAGUGGUGAUGAUGAUGAUGAAGAUGACGAUGAUGAUGAUCCUUUAAAAAGUCUUGGAAUUGAUGAAAAGUUAAUUAAAAAAAUAAAAAAUCAACAGGAUAAACUAAUUUUUGAUAAAGAAAGUGAAGUUGAUAGACUUAAACAAUCAUUAGUUUUUAUAAAAGGUGUUGAAGCACAAGCAUUAUUUAAUUUUUUAAAAAAUUGUAAAUCAGCUGUUGCUACUAAUGGUGCACUUGGUGGUGUUCCACCAACACUUUUAGCUCCAGUUGCUUAUCAUGGAGCAACAUUAAAAUCUCUAAAGGUAAGAGAAAGUGUUGUAAGAAGAGAUAAUGAAAAAUUUUAUUCAUUGGAAAUAAAAGGCCCAAUAUUACCUCAUGUAUUGCCAUCACUUUGUCAUCUUAUGAAGUCUAGUCAUUUAGAAGAAUUUUCAGUUACAUGUGCUCAGCUGUCAUCAACAAAUUCAUUCUCAAUUGCCAAAAAUAAUUUAGAAUCACCAAAAGAUAUUAAAGAAGUACCAAAAAGUGUAUUUGGCCAAGAAAAUCUUACUGAUUGUGGCUUUACACCAGAAUUAUUAUCACAUUUUUGUCAUCCAGAUCCAACAAGAAUACAAAUUGUUGAAAGUUUAAAAUUUUCAAAUGAUGGAUACACAUUUUCUUGAAAUUUAUAAUCACACAACAAUAUUUAAAAAAAAAUUAAGACAACUUGUGAAAAAAAGAUCAUACAAACGAGACUGUACGUUGAUAAAAUUGGUUUCUGUGAUUAAAAUUGAGCCGUCAAUUGGCAAGUAUUUUAUUUGAUAAUAUUUUUCAUUCUAUCAACUGAUAACUUUGUAUCUCUAGAUAGUAAGCAAUCAUUUCAACCAGCAAUAGAUAGUAAUUUGUACUGUUUUGUUAUCUCAUUUCGUUUGUAUCAAAUUGGGAUUUUAUCUCAAGCGGGAGUUUCAACCGUAUCAUAAUUUAUUUAUAUAGUUAACUAUUUAAUUAUUCCAUAAUAAACAAUUUCAUUUAUUUAUUUUUCUAAUAUUUUUUUCAUA